AUGGUGUCGUCCGGUCUUCCGGACGAGUUCCCCUCGGGCUUGCCGCACCGAGAUAUGAGCGAAGUCGAACCUCCCAAGGACCAGCAACAUCCAGUAAAAUGGUACCGCUCAUCAAUGUUCAACAUCACCAUUGUCGGUCUCUGCAGUUUCUCCUGCCCCGGCAUCUGGUCCGCCAUGAACUCCCUCGGCGCCGGCGGAGCCGCUUCCCCAAACCUCAUCAACGCCGCCAACGCCAUCACUUUCUGUCUCAUGGUUCUUUCGAGUUACCUGUCCAGUGCCUUGAUGUACUUUGUUGGUGUGAAGGGUGCUUUGAUCUUUGGGUGCAUCGGAUUCGCCCCCUUCGCCGCGGGCCUCUACACCAAUAACCGCUACGGAAACGAAUGGCUCGUGCUCCUCGGCGCCGCCCUCUGCGGCAUUUCCGCCGGCGUCUUCUGGGCCGCCGAGGCUUCCAUCGCCAUCGCCUACCCGGAGCCGUGGAACCGCGGCAAAGCCCUUGGGUACUGGCUCUCCUUCAAGCUUUUCGGGCAAAUGUUGGGAGGAGCCAUCAACCUCGGUCUCAACGCCAAUAACGACAAGGCCGGGCAGGUUUCGUAUACCGUCUUCCUGGUGUUCAUCGCCAUCCAAGCUGCUGGCCCGUUUAUCGGGUUCUUUCUUAAUAGCCCUGAUAAAGUCGAAAGAAAGGACGGGAAGAAAGUGGACUUGACAAUUACCCAGAAUCCGUGGUUGGAGAUUAAGGCUACCACGAAGCUUUUUUUUACGAAAAAGUUCCUGUUGUUGCUCCUCUGGAUCGGCAACGCCGUAUUUUCCGAGUCUGUGUUUUUUACUUACUUGGCGAUGUGGUUCUCCGUGCGCUCGCGUGCGCUGGGGUCGCUGAUGUCAGGUAUUGUUCCCGUUAUCGGCGGGAAUAUUCUGGGCUGGUGGCUAGAUCGGAAUAGCAUCUCGCUGAAGAUCAGGAGCAGGGUAGCGUUUUGGACGCUGGUCGUCAUCCAGGGCGCGUGGUGGACGUGGGCAACGGUCUUGGUGACGAGGUUCAAGGAGACGAAGCCGACUUUUGAUUGGACGACGCCCGGGUUUGGAGCGGCGUUUGGGGUGUUUGUGUUUUUGGCUAUGGGGUUUCAGCUUAACUAUCUUUUCUUGUACUUCAUUGUUCACAACAUUGCGGAAACCGAUGAGGAGAUCAUCCGCUAUGCUGCCCUCAUCCGCGGCACCGAGUCCGCUUGGGAGGCUCUCAGCUACGGACUUGAGUCUUUGACUCUGUUCACGGAGGCUGGCGGUGUGUACAUGAGCUUUGCCAUAUGGGCGGUCGCUAUUUACCCUGCUUGGCAUCUUCUCAGACAUUUUGGCGUUCAUCGACCGUUGGUAGGAGAUGAGUCGUAUCCAGCGAGCAUUGAAAGGGUGGAUGAAAAGGGUGUUAUCAGUUCUGGGACAAGUUCGGGUGAUGAGGGCGGUAAUGAGAAGACGGUCAAGGUGUAA